AUGGAAAAUGGAACCUUCUUUUACUUCAACAUGUUUGAAGAUAUGGGACACUUGAGAUAUUUUUUCUUUUGCUUGAGUUUUACUAUAUACUGUUUAAUCUUAUCAUUAAAUAUGAUCAUAGUUUUUGUAAUAGUUCUGGAAACUGCACUGCAUCAACCUAUGUACAUUUUGAUUUCAUGUUUAUCAGUCAAUUCUCUUUAUGGAACUGCUGGUUUGUUUCCAAGGUUACUAUCUGAUUUAUUGUCAUACUCACAUACAAUCUCCCGCUAUGCAUGUCAAGUACAAGCUUUUGUCAUUUAUAGUUAUGCAUCAUAUGAAUACACAAUCUUAACUUUAAUGGCAUUUGACAGAUUUAUUGCUAUUAGUAAACCAUUACAGUAUCAUAGCAUUAUCACUCCCAGGAUUCUUGCUAUUAUGAUUGCUUUGGCAUGUAUAUUUCCACUGCUUUCUGUUGGUACUGGAAUAAUUUUGACUGCGAAACUAAAACUGUGUGGACAUGAGUUAACAAAAUUGUACUGCAGUAACUGGGUAAUUGUAAAACUCUCCUGUAUGAAUACUGCCUUAAAUAAUAUUUUUGGUUUUGUAGUUCUCAUAAUUACAGUGCUCAUCCCAUUGAGCUUCAUUUUGUUUUCUUAUAUUAAAAUUCUCAUCAUUUGUCAAAGAAACUCAUCAGAGUUCAGAAGAAAAGCUUAUCAGACUUGUCUACCUCACCUGGUGACUUUUGUAAAUUACUCAAUUACCAUUGUGUGUGAGGUCACUUUUAGCCGCUAUGAAGAUGGAGUUUUUCCUCAAGCAGUGGCUGUUAUAUUAUCACUGGAGUUUUUGACAAUACCUCCACUUUUAAACCCUCUAAUUUAUGGCUUAAGAUUCCCAGAUAUUCGCAGAAAUAUUAAACGUAUUUUAAGUACAUCCAAAUAA